AUGGCCCUAAGCAAGGAACAAAUCAAGAUCAUUGCAGAGCAUCCGCUUGAUGAGUCAUUGAACGAUAUUCGCAUCAAGCUGCGCGGUUGCGCUGAUAAGCUGCAAGUUGCAGUGGUGGCAAGCCUUUUAGGAAUACUUAUCCUGUCUUCAGCUGCCUACUACCUACCCGUACCGGAUACAAGCGAUAAUAUUGCAGAAAAGCUGCUCCGUCUCAAAAAUCAUGUCCAUCAACGCGCAAUCAAGCCAGAAUGUUUUCGGCCACUUGUGGACGCUGUCGUCGCAAAAUCACCCGACAGCGAUAUCUGGGCGGCCGUCUUUUGCCUUGCCGAUGCUCUCGAUCGUUCUACUCUCCCUCCCUCGACUAUGCUCCUGGCUUCGGCCAAAGUCCCGGCUUCGGCCAAAGAAAAGCGCAUCUGGGAGUGGCUUCUUUCUGUAGAAGAAGUCGACGCACGACACAAUGGGACAUCAAGAAGCAGCGAGCAACGAAAAUAG